CUAUAACGGAAGUGCAUUGAGUCUUUGCCCGACAAUUGUUUCCUGUUGUCGGCAGUGACAACCGGUGACAACAGAAGAAGCAGUUCCCAGAAGCUUAUCGGAGAGAAAACUGGAUAAACUUCCCUGUCUUGCUCGAUCUUAGUGAGAGACUGAAAAGGGAAGGCAGUAAGAAUGGAUGGAGAAGAAAAAACCUAUGGUGGCUGUGAAGGGCCAGAUGCCAUGUACGUGAAAUUGAUCUCCUCUGAUGGCCAUGAGUUUAUUGUGAAGAGAGAACAUGCUCUUACAUCUGGAACAAUCAAAGCUAUGCUUAGUGGUCCAGGCCAGUUUGCUGAGAAUGAAACAAACGAGGUCAACUUUCGAGAGAUCCCAUCUCACGUUCUUUCUAAAGUCUGCAUGUAUUUUACAUAUAAAGUCCGCUAUACUAAUAGCUCAACAGAAAUCCCAGAAUUUCCUAUUGCCCCAGAAAUAGCUUUGGAGCUUCUGAUGGCUGCAAACUUCCUAGAUUGUUAAAAAUAAAUAAAUAAAAAGCUCAUACACGUCUGGAUGCAGAAUAAAUAUGAAAAGCAAAGUAUUACUGGUUUAUUUUAUUGGUUUAAUACUUUUAGGUUUGCAAAAAGAGAUAUGAUUUGCUGAAUUAGAAGUAUAACUGUUUUUGUUAUAUAUUUAAAAUAAACUACUUUUUUUUUUUUUUUUUUUUUUUUUACAAUUAGUGAAUUUCUAAGUUAUUUUUAUUUUACUUUGUAUUGUUUUAAGCUUUGACACAAUAUUAACUUGAUAAUUUCUGUGUUGCAAAAUAAAGAUGCCUGAAGUGAUGCUCCCAUAUUUUAAUGACUAGGGUAAACCAGACAGUCGUGUAAUUUUAAAAUGUAUCUGUUUGUGUUAACAAGUUCAAAAAUCUGUUGAAAUAGAUUUUUGCCUUUUCUGCAAAUGGAUCCAUCAGACAUAAGUCUUGUAAUUGUCCACAGUAGUCAUUUAUCCGUUGUCUAAUGAAUAAAAUCAGUUGUUCUUGGAAA